AAGGCAGUCAUGAACGUGAACGGCGGGUCCCCAAUGACUGUAGACCCUCAGAAACUUGGGGCGGGCGGACUGUGGCAGGUUCCAGAGAAAAUGUUCAACGCUACCAAAAGGGCCGCUGAUCGUCGCGCCAUGCAGAACUACUACCAACAGAUACAACGGCAGUUCUGCGUGGAUUGGACACAGAUGCCGUAUGGCUGUUUGCGAAACCCCCUUUACUCCGCCAUGGCAACACAGAUGUACCUCUUGGUACAGCCCAGACCAGUGCCCUCGGGAUGCGCCCAGCAGGCUACGAUGUGGUCCAAUUUCGUUCAGCAGUCCAAUAUGCGGCAAGCGUUUGUACAGAACUGUUACUCAGCCCCGAACUAUAAUCAGUUGAAUCAACAGCUUCAGUAUUUUCUUGUGUAAGACAUGUGUACCUUCGGCCCAACCGGGCACUGGAUUAUAACAUAUUGACAUGAGGUGGCGUUGGUUUAAUUGACUUUGAUGAUAACGGAAAUGCAACCCGGUUCCAAUUUAUGAAAAGCAAGCGUUUCUUUAUAUUUGCUUUAGAAUUCUGCACUUGAACCAAACUUUCUGGAGUGUGAAAAAUGUAUUCUUUAAUAAAAAGUUGAAUUUGCUGGACUUU